AUGGCACCAGAAAUAGCUCCGGGCCGUCCGGAGACCCUCACGCCUGAGCAGGAGGAGAAGCUCAGGCGGCUGUGGCAGCUCAUCUUCCAAGUCUGUGCGGUUGGUCAAGACCAGAACAGCGCCGCCACUGACAAUGGCGCCGCUGUGAACGACAAGGCGCAGGAUGAGGACACUAAGAAAGGGAAGAAAAGCCGCAUGGCCUUCUUCUCGCGCAAGGGAAAGAAGGAGUCGGACAUGGACUCGGCUUCAGGAGUACCAACGAACGCACCGGUGCAGCUCAGCUUGAAGGACGGUGAAGGUGACAAGUAUGGCCAGACCAAGCAAUUCUACGAGACGCUGUCCAGCCAGUCGCCCGAUUCGAUACGGGAUACCAUCUGGAGCAUGGUGAAGCACGACCACCCGGACGCCCUCGUGCUCCGCUUCCUCAGGGCUCGAAAGUGGGACGUUGAGAGGGCCCUUAUUAUGCUGGUCUCGACUAUGAACUGGCGUGCGCAGGAGAUGAAGGUCGACGAGGAUAUCAUGAGGAAUGGCGAAGAAGCUGCAGUGGCGGCUGAGAAGGGCACCGACGCCGCGGCGCAGAAGCUUGGGCACGACUUCAUGGCUCAGAUCAGAAAGGGCAUCAGCUACGUGCAUGGACACGACAAGCAGGGGAGGCCCCUCUGCUUCGUCAAUACCAGGCUGCACAGGCAGGGCGAGCAGGCCGAGGAGGCGCUGGAGAGAUACACAGUCUACCUCAUCGAGACAUGCCGCAUGAUGUUGCAGCCGCCAGUUGAUACAGCUACAAUCGUAUUCGACAUGACCAACUUCUCCAUGGCGAACAUGGACUACGCUCCCGUCAAGUUCAUGAUUAAGUGCUUCGAGGCCAACUACCCGGAGUGCCUUGGCACCGUCCUAGUCCACAAAGCUCCCUGGAUUUUUCAAGGCAUCUGGAAAGUAAUCCGCGGCUGGCUCGACCCGGUGGUCGCCAACAAGGUGCACUUCACCAACAGCGCCAAGGAGAUGGAGGAUUUUAUCCCUCUCAAGCACAUCCCUAAGGACCUGGACGGCGAGGAGGACUGGACAUACCAGUACGUCGAGCCGACCGAGGGCGAGAACGAUCGGCUGCGCGACACGGCGACGCGCGACCGGAUGCUGGCGGCGCGCGCGACCCUCUACAAGGAGUACGAGGCGGCGACGCUCGAGUGGAUCCAGAACCCGGGCGGCGAGAGGGCGGACGAGAUCAGGGCGAGGCGGAACGCCAUCGCGGCCAGACUCCGUGAGGAUUACUGGAAUGUCGAUCCCUACCUCCGCGCGCGCUCCUACUAUGACAGGAUCGGCGUGUUGGUGCCGGGGGGGAAGGUGGAUUGGUACCCUGAGACGAAGAAAGCAGCGGGCGUGGAUGGAACGGAAGCGGCGCCGCCUCCUGCGCCUGAAACGGCUGCGGACGAUGUUGAUUAG